UUAACUAGUGUUUUAUUUUUAGGUGCCUGUUCGCUGCAUCGAGCCGUGGUCCUCUACCGGCAUGUCUCUAAUUCCAACAAGCCCACUCUCCGUUGGUUGCAUCAAUAUAAAGCACGAUUCUCUAGAGUCAAGCCCAAAGAACGUCUUUUGAGUGAUUCAUAUGGCCAGCCUAAAAGUACUAGUGCUUGUCAAAGCAAGGUGGGUCCAGCAUGUUCUUAGGUUUUUUCGUAAUCAAGUUUCGGGGGAGGUAAAGGUAAACUUAAACGUGGACAAGUUAAGAAAAUUCACUACGCUUUGUAAUUAAAGUGAUCUCUGAUCUCUUACCCUUAGUGUGUAACCUGUGUUUUUCAAAGGUGGUUCAGAUAAUUGCGAGACUGUAAAGAUCCAAACGACAGAUGCUGAGGUCCUGUCGCCAUGUUAUCGAGAUUACAUAAUAUUAAUAUAUGCUAAUGAAGUCAAGACCAUCUAACACGAAAUAGUAGAGAUCACCGUAUUUUUGUGAAUAUUUCCAAAUUUUCUUAAUCUUUGCUAACAGUGAUAGAUCCAAGUGGCAAAUCAUUAAUUGAUACACAAUUCAGGAGAAUUAAUUUUUAGACAUUUUAAAAUAUUACAAGAAAAAAUGAAUUUUUUGCAAUGUAGCUAUUGGAAUCACAGUUGCAGCUUCUGUUGACAGACAUUCUUAGGAUGAAAAAUUCUUAGAACUGGUCAAUAUACAAACUGCUGCUUCAAAUAGAGUAACUUACUAAGUGGGCUGUGUAGUCUUGGAAUAACAGCAGCUACUUUUUCGGACAAUGUUUAGCACCUGGAAAGAAGAUUUUUGCUCAAUAGAGUGCUGUACAGCUCUGUACAGCUUUGCACAGUUUUGCUUAAAGUUUAAGUUAUCAGAGUAAACUUGAGCAAAGGGAAGAAAAAAAAUUAGAUAGUUGGAGUUACUUGGGCUCAAGUUAACAGAUAGUUAAUGACUCGAAAUAUAGAGUAAAAUCCAAGGGAUCAAGGAUUUUGUUUUAGCAAGCAGGGAGUGCAAGUUAACGCAGUGAGCAGGUUCUAUUGUAUUUGUUGACAUUAUGUACCCUUUCUUUUCAGCCAAAGUCAACUUCAGUGGCACUGAUUGGAAAGACAACAUGUGGUGUAGAGGCCCAGGAAAGUCUCUCUCAUGUAGAGGAGAAGAGUGAUGACACAGAGGAGGAGUGGGUGGAACAGAAAAUUGAUUGGAAAAAAUUGCCAAGACAGUACAUGCAGCUGUCGAAGAUCAGACUAACAGGUUUGUAUUCUUUAUUUAGUAGUGGGACAUUUUGCAACCUUCAGUGCAAGAUUAUUAUAACUAAAAAUUCAACUUAGAAUUUUGUUUGAUUUGGGCUUAGAAGAUGAGAAGUAGCAGUGGGGGGGAUUGGGAAAGAGGUUUGUGUUACUAUUUAGUACUCCUAUUGUUCACUUUUUACCAGGCCGGAGUGGGUACAAGAGGGGGAGGGGAUUGGGAAAAAGUUUGUCUUUCUAUUUACUUCUCCAAUACAUGUACUGGUUGUUCACAUAGUAUUGUGAGUGUUUUUUAGUCAGAUGCAGUAAGUAUUAUUUCCAUUUUUUUGUAGGUCUUGUGGUAAUCACAGAAAUGGCUGGGUAUGCCAUUGCACCAGGGGCCAUGAAUCUUAGUACUUUUCUUUGGGCUGGACUAGGAACAGGCCUCUGUUCAUCUUCGGCAAAUGCAUUUAACCAGGUAUGCAUAUUUGAUUGCAAAUGCUUGGAAAAAAAAAAGAUCUUUUUUUUCAAGUGUGUAAGUUGUGAUGGUCCUGUGUCAUCCAAUUUUGAUUUUUUAUUCUCUUACAUUGAGUCAAAAUCAGAUUAAAUUUGUUUGAUUGUUUCUUAAAGUGGCUGGAAGUGCCUUUUGACUCACAAAUGAGCCGCACACAAAACCGUGUUCUUGUCAGGGCCCGUUUGAGGUAAGCAUUGUAACAUUCAAACUACACAAGAUUCAUCCCAUGACAAGGAGUCCCUCAUGUGUUCUUUAUUUUGAGAUCAGUUAUGUCAUUGGUCACUGAAAUGUUAUUUUUGCAUUUGUUUAUCCAUAGCCCUCUUCAUGUGGUGCUGUUUGCCAUGGCAACUGGUGUAAUGGGUGUUUCUGUAUUAACCAGUCAAGUCAAUGGAUUAACUGCUGCCCUGGGUUAGUACUACACUUUACUAAAUAUGACUUCACUUCACAUGGAGGUUUGACUUUAUUGAGCAUGUUGAAGGCAUGUUAGUGACUGUAAGUAAAAUUAUGACAUUGUAUUAUUUUGUUCUCUGACAGGGGCAGCCACCCUGAUACUCUACACAUCUGUCUACACCCCUAUGAAGCGUCUAAGUAUUGUGAAUACUUGGGUGGGGUCAGUAGUGGGAGCAUUGCCCCCCCUGAUGGGUUGGGCUGCUUGUACUGGAGGAAUAGAUGCUGGUGGAUUAGUGUUAGCAGGAAUUUUGUACUCUUGGCAGUUUCCACAUUUUAAUGCUUUGAGCUGGAAUCUCAGAGCUGAUUAUUCAAGAGGUAAUGGAUGAUCAUGUUAUUUCUCCACUAUUUUUAGAACCCAAAUUUACUUUCAAUGGAGAUUCUCAACCCUCAAACUCAAAUGAGUGACCAAUACAGAAUUUCUCCUUAAAAUAUUAAUUCAAAAUCAAGCAGACAAGUUAUGGGGACUAUUAGUUGAUCCAAUAACAAGUUCUCCUUACUUGCAUCAUGAGAGUUGUAUGGCAUAGAGUAAGGAGAAUUACUCAUUGGAUCUUGUAAGUGAAAGGGUCUAUAAGAGAAUCUAAGCAAUACAGUGCUCAGGGGUCCAAAGUAAUUUCUGAAUAUGAAAAAGAAUAGGUGAACAUGUCAUAUACAUUUACUUACUUGCUGCUUUAUUAUUCUUUCCUACCAAGACUGGGUAACUUGAUCCUUUUUCUUUUGAUGUAGAAAACUUUUGAUAAUCAAUAUUAGUUUACUUUAUAACAGUGAUUAAGCCAAAGAGAACCCAAAACUUAUCUGCGCAUACAGCAUCUCUUUGUCCUUCUGCAGAUCAUAGUAAGCUUCCUGUGCCAUCAGCAAAUUUCCUAUCCUAAUUUUGUUUUGUUUUUCUUGUCUUACCAUAGCUGGUUAUCGCAUGAUGUGUGUAACAAAUGCACCCCUGUGCAGACGGGUGACACUGAGACACUGUUUAGCAUUGGUUGGUCUUACAACACUUCUACCAGCAUGUGGAGUCACAACAUGGUGGCUGGCUUUGGACUCUUUACCACUUAACUUUUGGAAUACUUAUUUAGGAUAUCAGUUUUAUAAAGACUCAGAUUCAAGGUCUGCAAGGAAACUUUUUCGGUUUAGUCUGAUUUACCUCCCGAUUCUCAUGCUUCUGAUUCUGUUUCACAAGAAGCCAAGGACAACACAGGAAGAGGGAAUUGUUCAAGUGACAUAG